UCUCAUAUUCAUUUGCAAGAGCUUUCUUUGGCAAUAUUUUUCAGCAAUCCAAAACAGCUACAUCAUGUUCGAAUAUGCUGUGCUAUUUUUGUCCCUCAUUGUGCUCGGAAUUUCACUUGGCUUCAACUUUGUUAGUUUAUUGGGGACGAUGUGGAGUAUGAGGGAAUCUAUAAACGAUACAAUCAAUUUCAUGAUCAAAUUACCUAAUUGGUUAAACUACUAUAACAACUUGAAGAACGACACUAACACCCUCCAUAUGAAAACAACAAGAUUAACCCGAAAAGCCCAUGACAUCAGAUCAGAGGCAUCUGCUGCAGAGCAUCAGACCCUUCGCCAAGUGAAGGCAGAAGUACGAAAUUGGUUGGAAAACGUGCAGACUGUGGAUAACCAAGUUAAGGAUAUUCUGGAGCAGGCAGGAAGAGAUAUGAACAUUUUCGUAGAUUUCUUUUAUCGCGCUUGGUUAGGGAUCGUUCAUGUCGACAAGAAACUUCAGCAAGUAGAACAACUCUUGGAUACUGGAACGUCUUUACAGACUGCUCCGUUGAUAUCUAAUGUAAGACCGGAGCUUCCUUAUCUGACUUCCAACCUAAUAGGUAGCGAAGCAUUCGGUAAUAUCAAUAAAGUGUUGGAGUAUAUAAAAUUAGAUCGGAUAUCAUGUAUUGGUGUUCAUGGAGCACAAGGUACCGGCAAAACAGAAAUCGUUAAGCAUAUCUACAACCGACUAUUAGUAAACACGAAUGUUUAUUAUGUACAAAUUAGGGAGAAUAUCACGAACCAUGAGUUGUCGAGCAUGAUUUCUCGAACACUUGGGUUAGAAUUAGCUGAAGAGGAUGAAGGUAGGCGGCCUGAUUUUUUAUACAGAGCUUUGAGAAGUAAAGGGAAAUUUGUUCUUAUACUAGAUGGUUUAAUAAGAGAUUUCAGAUUAUUUGAAGUAGGUAUCCCUGUGCAUCCAAAUGGGGGAAAAUUGAUUUUCACUACACGGUCACCAAAUGUUUCGCGAAGAAUGGAGUCACAAGUAACAAUCGAGCUGCAGCCGUUGUCAGAUGAUGAAGCAGAUGAGCUGUUUCGAAAAGAGGUGCAGAUGAGUGAAUAUGACUCGGAAGAAAUGGAAGGCGUAGCACAUCGUAUCUUACAACAAUGUGGGAAUGUACCUGGCGUUAUUAUUCGUAUAGCAGAUAUGUUGAAAAGGGAACAUGAUAUCCAUGUAUGGUGGAACACUUUGAAUGAACUGCAACAACACUUGUAGUUGCUUAAGCCUAAAUACUCUAUUUUUAGAAACUUAUUGCAUCCAAAAUUCUUGGUGUAAUCAGAUGGUUUCUAAAUUUAGAAAUGAUAGAAGGUAGUAUGAAGCUGCUAGAGAAUAAAGCAGACUAAUCGACUAGCAAAUGAAUACUUGCAGCUGCAGUGUGUCCGUUUCAGUGUGUUUUCUUUGUUGAUGUUGAAUUGGAAAUGCGCUAAACAUCCUUCCUUGCAGACUAGUAAACAAUAUUUUACGUAGGGUUGAAAACAUAAUACUAUGAGCUAAAAAAAUCUACACUGAGCCGAUUCGACUACUAUUAAUUUAUCUUAUUAGGCUAUUAAACCUAUGUAUAAAGCACGUUUUACAGAAAUACCGUCUCAUAUAAGAAUUCUAGUUGAAUAAUAGUGUGUCAUAAUGUAUAAUUUCCACCAUCUAAAUAUUAUUAGUAGGGUUGAUAAGGUUGUGACUUGUGAGUAGCCCUAUGUGCAUGACUGGCCA